GAGAGGCGCGCGCGGGCCGCGGCCGAGCAGGAGGCUGCAAGGAGAGCCCGCGGGGGCCCUGGGAGUGCAGUUCCUCAGCCCCCGCAAAACAAUGUGUGGCGUGCUGCGGGGCGCAACUUGCCGGAGGCGGCGGGGGCGCGCCGAGCCCGCCUGAGACCGCGCCGCUGACCUUCUCCCCCCGCCGUCCGUUGGGCCCGAGCGCCCAGCUUCUCGCUCCCCAGCUCGCGGGGGCCGGGCCGAGCUGCAGGGCGGGGCCGCCCCUCCGUCGCUGCUGCCUCCUCCCCCACCCCCAGCCGCUGAGGAUGCGGACGGCCCCCGGCGGCGUCUAGCGGCCCCGGGCCCAGGCGCGAUGGUGCAGCAGCGGGGCGCGAGGGCCAAGCGGGACGGCGGGCCACCGCCCCCGGGCCCCGGGCCGGCCGAGGAGGGGGCGCGUGAGCCCGGCUGGUGCAAGACCCCGAGCGGCCACAUUAAGAGACCGAUGAACGCGUUCAUGGUGUGGUCGCAGCACGAACGGCGGAAGAUCAUGGACCAGUGGCCCGACAUGCACAACGCCGAGAUCUCCAAGCGCCUGGGCCGCCGCUGGCAGCUGCUGCAGGACUCGGAGAAGAUCCCGUUCGUGCGGGAGGCGGAGCGGCUGCGCCUCAAGCACAUGGCGGAUUACCCGGACUACAAGUACCGGCCGCGCAAAAAGAGCAAGGGGGCGCCCGCCAAGGCGCGGCCCCGCCCCCCCGGCGGCGGCGGCAGCCGGCUCAAGCCCGGGCCGCAGCUGCCUAGCCGCGGGGGCCGCCGAGCGGCGGGAGGGCCUUUGGGGGGCGGCGCGGCGGCGCCCGAGGACGACGACGAGGACGACGACGAGGAGCUGCUGGAAGUGCGCCUGGUCGAGACCCCCGGGCGGGAGCUGUGGAGGAUGGUCCCGGCGGGGCGGGCCGCCCGGGGACAAGCGGAGCGUUCCCAGGGGCCGUCGGGCGAGGGGGCGGCUGUCACCGCCGCCUCCCCGACUCCGUCGGAGGACGAGGAGCCGGAGGAAGAGGAGGAGGAGGCGGCGGCGACGGAGGAAGGCGAAGAGGAGACGGUGGCGUCGGGGGAGGAGCCGCUGGGCUUUCUGUCCAGACUGCCCCCCGGCCCCGCCGGCCUGGACUGCAGCGCCCUGGACCGCGACCCAGACCUGCCGCCCCCCUCGGGCACGUCGCACUUCGAGUUCCCGGACUACUGCACCCCCGAGGUUACCGAGAUGAUCGCAGGGGACUGGCGCCCGUCUAGCAUCGCCGACCUGGUUUUCACCUACUGAGCCCACCGUCAGCGGGGCGCGCACGCCCCCUAAACCAGCUGUUUACAUACAGGAAUCAGGUAUUGGGGCCCCUCGGAGGCCGAGGCUGGCACCCCAUCUCCCGCACAGCCUCCCCCCUCCUAGACGUGCCCAACCCCCUUCAAAUCCAGACAUGCCCUUCCCCCGCAGACACACCCCAAGGCAUCCCAACCCCCACCCUUUCUCCGACAUCCAAGCCCCUCCCCAUCUUACCCCCUCCCGCACAGCCACCAGCAGCCAGCCCCCCCUCCG